GACUUGAGCCGAGGUUGUGCCACUGCACUCCAGCCUGGGUGACGGAACCAGACCCUGUCAGAAAAACAAAAAGAUGACGACGAAGAAGAGUGUGACAUAGAAUCUGGCCCACGUUCGCCAGAAGGGGAAUCGGCUUGACUUGUAAAGGAAGGGUUGUUGAAGAGUCAGUGGAAAUGUUUUAAGACCACGGCACCUUGUUAUUUUAAUAUUCCCCCUCAGAUUCUUAGAACAGUUGGAUACCUGGUGAGCCGGCUGCCCGGAUGCCUCCUUUCCCGGCACGCACAGUGUAGAUUCUCUCACAGCUGGUGGUGAGGCACUGCGACAUGCUCAGCAGUGCUGGUGACAGAGGACUAAGACAGGCCUUCCUUUCCGGAAGGUGAGGGCUUAGCUGGAGGGAUGUCAUCACUCUUGAAAGGUGGAUUAUCCAGCGAGGAGCACACACUUUCGUGGUGGAGAACAGCAAACAUCAGAGGAGUUGGACGGCAUUUUUGGGCCUGGGGCCUUUUUUGGGUUUUAUCUGCGCAGGCCCAGCUCUGCGGCAGUGCUCGGUGUGUGUGAGGAGCUUGGCGUUUAUUUGCUGAAUACAAGUACAGGGCCUGUGAGGGCCAGAGAGACAGGUGAGCUUGUGGGCCCACCGGUUGCCCAGUGCAGCGGACGGGUGUGACCGGGUGUCCUCAGGGACCGGCAGGCUUUCCCUGGCGACUAUUGAGCAUUCACUCCACAGGAGUCGGUUCCGUUCCUGACGUGUGUUGGCACUUGGCAGGACUCCAGAGCUGAAAGCUGCUGAGCCUCAUGAUGCCUCACUGUGCUCAUUAGAAAAAUGGAGCCAAUAGCCUUCUUAGUAGGGUUAUGAGAUGGAAAUAUUGUGCUUGACUCAGGAUAGCACGUGGUACGCACCAGAUGCUAAACUCGUUUCUGUCUGUCAUACAUCCCAGCUGCUGUUGCUGUGUAAAGGGCUGUGGUGUGAGACGACAGCAGCCGUCUAAUUUUCUCACAUACUCUGUGGAUCAGGAGAGCUCACAGCAGCAGGCUUAGUUCUGUCACUGAUACCUGGGGCCUCGGCUGGGGAGACUCGAGGGGAGUAUCUGGAUCUGCAGCCCAGGAGGACCAGGUGGAAACCCAUUGUCCUGGGAGGCCCACGAUGCCUUAUGUCCUGGGUUGAGCCCAGGGCCGCGGAAGGAGCACAGACUCCUGCGCGCAGCAGUUGGGACAGAAGAACCAAAGAUGAUACCUGGAAAGCAGAUGACCUCAGAAAACAUCUCUGGGCCAUACAGUCAGGCGGUUCCAAGGAAGAAAAGAAGCACAGAGAGAAGAAGCUGCGUAAGGGGUCUGAAAUGGACCUUCCUGAACACAAGGAGCCGAGGUACAGGGAUCCCGACCAGGAUGCCAGGAGCAGAGACAGGGCGGCUGAAGUCCACACUGCUAAGGAGAGUCCUCGUGGGGAGAGGGACAGAGACAGACACAGGGAGAGGAGAAGAGACGCAAAAGACCGGGAGAAAGAAAAGCUGAAGGAGAAACAUCGAGAGGCAGAAAAGUCUCACAGCAGAGGAAAGGACAGGGAAAAAGAAAAAGACAGAAGGGCCCAGAAGGAAGAGCCCCGGCAGACCGUGGCCCGCCACAACCUGCUGGGCCAGGAGACACACGACCGGCAGCUCCUGGAGCGGGCGGAGAGGAAAGGCCGCUCGGUAAGUAAAGUAAGAAGUGAAGAGAAAGAUGAAGACUCUGAAAGAGGAGAUGAAGAUAGAGAAAGAAGAUACCGAGAAAGAAAGCUGCAGUACGGAGACAGCAAGGACAACCCUCUCAAGUACUGGCUUUAUAAAGAAGAAGGUGACAGGAGACACAGGAAGCCUAGAGACCCAGAUCGAGACAAGAAACACCGAGAAAAAAGCAGCACAAGGGAAAAAAGAGAAAAAUAUUCCAAAGAGAAAAGUAAUUCAUUCUCUGAAAAAGAAGGGGAAGAAAGACAUAAAGAAAAGCGACACAAAGAAGUCCUUCAUUUUGAUGAUGAGAGGCACCGAACCAGUGUGGAUAGAAAAGAGAGAUCAGCAAAAGACGAGCACAAGAAAAGGGAAUCCAAGAACGGUGAACACAGAAAUCGAGGUGCAAGCUCAAAAAGAGAUGGGACCAGCAGCCAGUAUGCUGAGAAUUUAGUAAGGAAUCACGGAAAAGAUAAAGAUUCAAGACGGAAGCAUGGCCAUGAGGAAGGUUCUUCCGUGUGGUGGAAGCUGGACCAGAGGCCAGGAGGCGAGGAAACUGUGGAAAUUGAAAAGGAAGAAACUGAUUUAGAACAUGCUAGAGCUGAUGCAUAUACAGCCAGUUGUGAAGAUGAUUUUGAAGACUACGAAGAUGACUUUGAGGUUUGUGAUAGUGAUGAUGAUGAAAGCAGUAAUGAACCUGAGUCAAGAGAAAAAAUGGAAGAACUUCCUCUAGCUCAAAAAAAGGAAAUACAAGAAAUUCAAAGAGCUAUUAAUGCAGAAAAUGAAAGGAUUGGCAAGUUAUCUUUGAAACUGUUUCAGAAGCAAGGUAGAACAGAAUUUGAAAAGGAGCCCAGGACAGAUACAAGCAGUUCCCCUUCCAGAGCCUCCGUUUGUGGAAUUUUUGUGGAUUUUGCCUCAGCUUCAUACCGUCAAAAGAGUCGGACUCAGGCCCUUAAGCAAAAGAUGCGAAGUACAAAACUGCUUCGGCUUAUUGACUUAGAUUUUUCAUUUACUUUCUGGCUCUUGGAUCUACCACCAGUAAAUGAAUAUGACAUGUAUAUCAGAAACUUUGGGAAAAAAAAUACCAAGCAGGCAUAUGUUCAGUGUAAUGAAGAUAAUGUUGAAAGAGACAUUCAAACGGAGGAAAUAGAGACCAGGGAAGUGUGGACCCAGCACCCAGGAGAAAGUACCGUUGUAUCUGGAGGCAGUGAACAAAGAGAUACCUCCGAUGCUGUAGUUAUGCCAAAGAUUGAUACUCCAAGGUUAUGUAGCUUUCUGCGGGCGGCUUGUCAGGUGAUGGCUGUUUUGCUGGAAGAAGAUCGUUUGGCAGCUGAACCCAGCUGGAAUCUUAGGGCUCAAGACGGGGCCCUGUCUUUUAGUGACAGCUCAUAUCAGCUGAACACCAGCCUGCCAUUCCUUCAAAAUCGAAAAGUAUCCUCCUUGCACACCUCCCGAGUUCAGAGGCAGAUGGUGGUCUCCGUUCACGACUUACCCGAGAAGGCCUUUGUGCCCCUGCUGGACAGCAAAUACGUCCUCUGUGUGUGGGAUAUUUGGCAGCCUUCAGGGCCACAGAAGGUUCUGAUAUGUGAGUCCCAGGUCACGUGUUGCUGCUUGAGCCCAUUCAAAGCAUUUUUACUGUUUGCCGGAACAGCGCACGGCUCAGUCGUCGUCUGGGAUUUGAGAGAAGACUCAAGGUUGCAUCACUCUAUGAAGCUGAGCGAUGGUUUCUGGACAUUCCGGACGGCCACGUUUUCCACCGAUGGAAUCCUUACCUCAGUAAACCACCAAAGCCCUCUGCAAGCAGUAGAACCUAUCUCAACGUCCGUCCACAAAAAGCAGAGCUUUGUGCUUUCACCCUUUUCGACUCAGGAAGAAAUGUCAGGUUUGUCCUUCCACAUCGCUUCCUUGGAUGAGAGUGGGGUUCUCAAUGUGUGGGUGGUUGUUGAAUUACCAAAGGCAGACAUCGCAGGUUCAGUAAGUGAUUUAGGCCUGAUGCCUGGAGGGAGGGUCAAGCUGGUACAUAGUGCUCUGAUCCAGUUGGGUGACAGUCUUUCCCAUAAAGAUAAUGAAUUUUGGGGGACUACACAAACACUGAAUGUUAAAUUUCUGCCUUCAGACCCUAAUCACUUCAUUGUUGGCACAGACAUGGGUCUCAUAAGCCAUGGCACAAGACAAGAUUUGAGAGUGGCUCCCAAACUAUUCAAACCUCAGCAAUGUGGUAUAAGGCCAGUAAAAGUUAAUGUCAUUGAUUUUUCACCAUUUGGAGAACCAAUAUUUCUGGCUGGCUGUUCAGACGGAAGCAUCAGGCUGCACCAGCUGAGCUCCGCGUUUCCGCUCCUGCAGUGGGACAGCAGCACAGACAGCCAUGCAGUCACCGGCCUGCAGUGGUCCCCGACCAGGCCUGCCGUGUUCCUGGUGCAGGAUGACACAUCCAACAUCUACAUCUGGGACCUCCUCCAGAGCGAUCUGGGUCCUGUUGUCAAACACCAUCUCUCCCCCAACAGGCUGGUGGCCAUGGCUGCGGUGGGUGAGCCCGAGAAGGCUGGUGGCAGCUUCCUGGCCCUGGUGCUGGCCAGGACCUCCGGCUCCAUCGACAUCCAGCACCUGAAGAGGCAGUGGGCGGCCCCGGAGGGGGAUGAGCGCAACAGGCUGCGUCUGCUUUUGCGGGAAGCCCUGUGGCAAGAGGGAGAACCACACAAGUAGCGGGUGUUGCUGAGAGGACGGCGUUUCGGUAAUGACCCAAAUUUAAAAGAUAUAAGAUGGAUAAUUUUACAUUUCUGUGCAAGUAUACAGACUAUGUAUAUUGUGUAUAUAAUUUAUUUUACAAGAAUAUUCCUUUGGUAUUCCAAGUAAAUAAAUGACUACUUUUGAAUGGAAACAAAGAAAAUUCUAGCAUCUACGAAACUUCCAGGGGAGCGUAGAGCCACAUCCAGGGUCCUCUAUUCCGAGAGUAUUUCGAGUUAUUUUUAGAACAGUUUAAAAUAUUGUUACAUUACUACUAGAUUUUAAAGAGUCUACCAUGAAAAUGUAUCUUAAUGAACUAUUUUCUUAUGCAUAAAAUACAUGCACACAUGUCUAAAUUAAAAGGAAUUACUCCACUGAAAUGA